AUGUCGGUGUGUUAUCGACCAGGGAGAUAUAUCCGUCAGGAUGAUAGCUUCUGGACCACCUCGAGGUGUGAAACAAAAUGUAAAUGCAACAGCAACAGCUCUCUGGUCUGUGAACAUAAACCAUGUGCUCCAUACGAGUUCUGUCUCUCAUCACCCUCCUUUUACAUCUGCAAGCCAGCCUCCGUUCAGACCUGCAGCAUCUUCGGGGACCCCCAUUAUCAAACCUUCGAUGGCCAGCUGUUUCAUUUCCAAGGGACCUGCACCUAUGUCCUGGCUGAGGUGUGUCAGAGGAACACAAGUUUACCUUCUUUCAGAGUGGAGGCAAAGAACGAGAACCGUGAGAACAGAGUAGUGUCCUGGCUCAAACUAAUCCGACUGUUCAUCUACAACACGGAGAUCACCUUGAUCAAAGGAACGACCCAUCAGAUCCUGCUGAAUGGGACUCGAGUCUCGGUGCCGGUUGUUAUCGGAGGGGGUCAGAUCCGUGUUUCCAUGAGUGGAUUCAUGGUCACGGUCAGCACAGAGUUCGGUCUCAAAGUACAAUUUGAUGGUUCGAGCCAUGCCAGCAUCUCCCUGCCGGCCAGUUUCGGAAAUGCGACCUGCGGACUCUGCGGGAACAUGAACACUGAGCUGGCCGAUGAGUUCCAAUUGCCCAAUGGGACGGUUGUUGACUCGGAGGUGGAGUUUGGAAGAAGUUGGAGGGUUUCUGAUGGUGAUGAGAUGUGUGAGGACCAGUGCAGCGGGCAGUGUGAGCUCUGUACCCCAGAACAAUCCAGCCUCUACAGUGGCCAGAGUUACUGUGGCCUCAUCGACAGGGUGGACAGUGCAUUCAAUAUCUGCCACACUGCCCUGCCAGCACAGGGUUUCGUCCAGAGCUGUGUCUUGGAUCUCUGUGCUUCGGGCGGUGCUAUGCCAAUCCUGUGCCAGGCGAUCAGCACCUACGCAGCAAGGUGCCGCCAACAAGGAGUGUCCGGGUUUGAUUGGAGGGGGCCAGGACUGUGCGAGAUGCAGUGUCCACCACACAGUCACUACGAGAGCUGCACUAGCGCCUGCCCAGCCACUUGCACUGAUCCUAACGCGCUGUUGUUUUGCAACGAGCCGUGCGUGGAGGGCUGCAAGUGUGACAGGGGUUACUUCCUGAGCGGAGGGGUGUGUGUGACCUCCGCUGAGUGUGGCUGCUCCUUCCAAGGUCGUUACUACAGCAAAGGUGAGCGUGUCAUCCUGACUGAGAACUGCAGUCAGAAAUGUAGCUGCCUCAACGCCAGUGUUGGCAUGAGCUGUUCCGCUUUCAGCUGUGGGCACCAUGAAGAUUGUCGCCUGGUGAACGGGGUACGGGACUGUUACCCCAGAGCACGUGGCACCUGCCUGGCCUCCGGUGACCCCCAUUACACCAGCUUUGACGGCAAGAGGUUUGAUUUCCAAGGCUCUUGUAAAUACACCUUGAGUAAAUGGUGUGGAGAGGCUGGGAACCUGACCACAUUCAGCAUUGAUGUGGAGAAUGAUCAUCGCGGAUCCCAGGCUGUGUCCUGGACACGUCUGGUCGAAGUUCAGGUGUAUGGCCAUCGGAUCCAGGUGUCGAGGGGUCAAACAGGCAGCGUGCAGGUAAACGGAGAGAGUGUCAAUUUGCCAGUGAGUUUAGAAUCCGGGAAAGUCCGUGUUUUCCGGAGCGGAUCGGCGGCGGUGCUGGAGACGGUGUUUGGGCUCCGAGUGUCCUACGACUGGAGCCAUUACGCGGUGGUGAUGGUUCCCAGUCUGUAUUCGGGAUCACUGUGCGGACUGUGUGGAAACUUCAACGGAGAGCCGGCAGAUGAUUUUGUGUCUCCCAACGGCACGGCGCUGCCUACAGCAGCAGUGUUCGGGAACAGCUGGAAAAUCUCCCAUCCCGAGGCUGUGUGCUCGGACGAUCCGGGCUCGGUGAUUCGGUGCAGUGACUCUGACCGCCGUCUCUUGAGCUCCGAAAGUUACUGCGGUGUUCUGAGCAACGUCAGUGGGCCAUUCCACCGGUGUCAUUCGGUGCUGAGCCCGAUGAGUUCCCAGGAAAACUGCAUCUAUGAUCUGUGCGCGGUGGGAGUGAGCGAGGAGCUGCGGUGUCAGGCGAUUGGAUCGUACGCCGCAGAGUGUCAGAGACGGGGAGUGAUGACCGGAGAUUGGAGAAAUGCCACGGGCUGCGGUAAGGACCAAAGUUGUCUUUGGGAGCUACUGGCCCCUGCUCCAAAUCACGGUCACUCCGAGCUGGUGGUCACUGCCUUUGGCUGUUUCCAUGGGGACAUGGGGGGAGGUGGCCACUCAGCCCGUCAUCAGGGAGGCAGCUCAGGGCUGAUCUGA